GCAGGCUCGUUUCCUAGACGUUGCUAACAACCUGCUGCCUGCAACUUUCGCCUGUCUCCUCGUGCACUGUCGUUUUCCAGCUGAGGGGUGUUCGAUAUGUGCGCGAGGAUGCAGCCGUGUCCACACUGAGAGUCCCCCUCAGUUCCGUGCCGGCUGCAUGGUGCUCCGUGUCUCUCUGCCUGCUUUCUGACGCUUGAGGUUGCAGUCUGGCCUCCAGCCGCGACUGCGAAUUAACUUCAUUGCUCAGCGUCGCCUUGCUAUGUUUAUUUUAUAAAGAUGGCGGUGAAGGGGACACUGUAAACUAAAUGACUGUCAGAAACAUCGCCUCCAUUUGUAAUAUGGGCACCAAUGCCUCUGCUCUGGAGAAAGACAUCGGCCCGGAGCAAUUCCCAAUCAACGAACACUACUUCGGAUUGGUCAAUUUUGGAAACACAUGUUACUGUAACUCAGUGCUCCAGGCUCUGUACUUCUGCCGGCCUUUCCGGGAGAAUGUGCUGGCGUACAAAGCCCAGCAGAAGAAGAAAGAGAACCUGCUCACGUGCCUGGCUGACCUCUUCCACUCCAUUGCCACGCAGAAGAAAAAAGUUGGCGUCAUACCGCCCAAGAAAUUCAUCUCCCGCCUACGGAAAGAGAAUGAUUUGUUUGACAAUUACAUGCAACAAGAUGCACACGAAUUCCUCAACUACCUGCUGAACACCGUGGCUGAUAUUCUGCAAGAGGAGAAAAAGCAGGAAAAGCAGAACGGGCGCCUCAAGAACAAUGGCACCGCCGUCACCACCGAGGCUGAGACUGAGAACAAGACGGAGCCCACAUGGGUCCACGAUAUCUUUCAAGGCACACUGACCAAUGAGACGCGCUGCCUCAACUGUGAAACAGUGAGCAGCAAAGAUGAGGAUUUUCUGGAUCUUUCUGUGGAUGUAGAGCAGAACACAUCAAUAACACACUGUCUCAGGGACUUUAGUAACACAGAGACUUUGUGCAGUGAAUACAAAUACUACUGUGAGACAUGCUGCAGCAAGCAGGAAGCACAGAAACGGAUGCGUGUGAAGAAACUUCCUAUGAUCCUGGCGCUACACCUCAAGAGGUUUAAGUACAUGGAGCAGCUGCACCGCUACACCAAGCUGUCCUAUCGGGUGGUUUUCCCAUUAGAACUCCGGCUUUUUAACACGUCUGGGGAUGCAGUCAACCUGGAUCGCAUGUAUGAUCUAGUAGCUGUGGUGGUGCACUGUGGAAGCGGCCCAAAUCGAGGUCAUUACAUCACUAUAGUGAAGAGUCAUGGCUUCUGGCUGCUGUUUGAUGAUGACAUUGUGGAGAAAAUUGAUGCCCAGGCCAUUGAGGAGUUUUACGGUCUUACCUCAGAUAUCUCGAAGAACUCUGAGUCGGGAUACAUCCUCUUCUACCAAUCCAGGGAGUGACGCUAGAGAAGGAUAGGAAGGACUUUAUUCGUUUUGUUUUUUAACCUUCAGCCUAACAGACUCUUCAUCUCCAUCCCAUCCUGCUCCCCCUCCUCAAGUCAGACCUCUCUGAAGUAUGUGCCAAUCCUCUGCCCCAGUCUCACCCUCUGGGUUUUACCUCGUCUGUUUCUUUUCUCUGUCACUCUCUUUAUUUUGAUUCUUGUCUUUUAGCCACCUGCAUUUGGACUGCACUUUAAUAUGAAAAGCAAAAAUGCUCAACAGCAUGAUCGUGGAGGAAAAGGCAUUGCAUCAAGCAGCCACUUGGUGUUCUCAACCAGGAAGGAUUUGGUACACAUAUAGAUAGUUUCAGAAAUUGUACUUUAUCAUUUUUAUGUAUAUAUAUAAGAUCUACUUCCAUGAUGUGCCACCCAAUCAUACUUCCUUCCAUUAGGGCUAUUCCCCUUCCUUAACUGAGCUUUGGUGUAUUUAUGUCUUUAGUGGGUGCAUGAGAAAUGUAUGAAGAUGGAGACAAACACUGUAUAAUACGCAUUGAGAGAUUUCACGCAUUUCUAAUUUCUCAAGCAAUAUCUGAACACUAAUUAGAGAGAACUCACAAGCUUUAAACUACCUAAAUAUAAAGCUGUCAGCUGUUGACAGUAGUAGAUUUUAUUUUGUCCUGUUAGUCUGACCAGAAGCAAUCAGUACUUAAACACUACACGCAUAACACUACACAUUGGGGAAAAAAAAUUCCUGCUGUUUUCACUUAAAUCCACUGAAUCUUUAUACGUUAUUCACAUGGAACGCCCCUAUUUAUUGAACUCGGUAUAUUUAUUACUUUUAUAUGAAAUGCUGGUAACAAAGUAGUAAUGUAAUUAAGUGAAAGGCUCUUUUGAGAGCUCAUACUGUAUGUUUAAGCUCUGGCUGUUAAGGAUAAAGUGCAUGAAACGCACAAGUUGAUAGGACGGGUUAAAAAAAAAAAGAAGAAGCUAGGUUUAAUUUUGUAUUUUACAUGUGGAAUAAGAGAUUAACUUGACGCAAGAGAGACACGACCCAUUACUGCCUAAUCUUUUGACUGAAAAAGCUAAAACGGUGCAAUAUGAGGUGAAAGUAUCCAGUGUGAUGUUUCCCGGUGAGAUUAAAAUACAGCACAUUUAAUUGUGAGUAGUAGAUGUGCUGUUUGGUUUGGUUUUUUCCCCUCUGUUAUGUGUCCCUUUGCAACCUUGGACUGCAUUGUCCUUUCUUUUCCAUUUCUAUGGUGAAUUAUGGCUUAGGCAUUUUCUUUUAAUCUGUCUCUGACUUUGAUGAUGUGUGCGUGUCCUAUGUAGCACACUGCAAUCCUGAAAAUCUCUUCAAAUUUAAUGGUGAUUGAUACGAUUUCCCCAGUACUGUAAAUGAUCUCUCUGGCGCUUUUUUUCUCUAGCGCAACAUCAAACACUUUGUAUUCAUGUGAACAACAUUCCUGUUUGCUCCACAUCCGAGGGAAUUACCAUCGCAAAUACAUCUCGUUAUAAAUAAGACGUAGGAAUAGGACUUAUGUUAGGUUAGUGUCUGUGUUUGUACAUGAGAGGCGUGUUGAAUGCGCUCGUUUCUGCUGUCUCAUCCACGUAGUCUGUUUCCUGGGUGAAGUCAUGACGAACACGUGCCAAAACUGGAGUCUGACCUUGCAACAGUCUUUAACAGAACAUUAUUUUCUUUGUAAAGAUGCAGCUGUACAUAUAUAUUAUGUAGAGAAACACUUCUGGGAAUAGCUAAAUAUUUUUUUAAAGUUGAGAUCUGAUAACAUAGAGACGCUCAUGGCAAAGAUUUUAGCUUAGCGUUAACCGUUAAUAAAGAAAUACUGUGCUGUUUUACAAUCAUGAUUACAUAAUCAGAGUACUGAGCAGAAGCCACCAUCUGCUGCUGUAUGAUAACGACUGGGUUAAACUGAGCCAGGGCAGAAAACGGUGGCUGGAAUAGCAGACUUUUCAGACCCGGGUGUGAUGAGAGAGAGACUCUUUCACGUGCUGAUCUUCCAUUAACACUUAUGCACUCGCCCUUACUGAGAUUUUCAGUCGUUGCACUUGGUCUCAUGUAUCUUACUGUGAUGGUGUUCUACCAAGAAGAGCUGAGGUGCAGAGUCCUGCACCGUGUGGGACCUGACUGAACUUGUGUGAGGGAAGGAGAUGACUCUCCGUUUGGCAGUUAACUGAAAGUGCACUUUAUUAGACGAUGAUGAGCUUCAAUGCUUUAACAUGAUGAACCACAGUCUAACACACUCACUUUGAGUUAGUUUCUUCUGUUCAAUAAAAAUUGCUAUCAACAAUG